AGAGUCUGAAGUGUAUAUCUCGUUGUCAAACCCCCCAAUCUCUCUCACUACCUUUUCCGUCACCGGAGAUUCAACUCCGGCCACCGUACUCCGCCUCACAACCACUACUUCCGUACAUACACUCACAAUCCUUCAACAACAGAUCGCCUUGUACACGCACGCACAACAGUUAAACAUCUCGAAACUUCGAAAGAUGACGUCAUCACCGGAGAAAUCAGGAUCAAAGGAUGAACUGUGUAUGGAGAUCGAUCCUCCGUUGGGAGAAAACCUAGCUACGGCGGAGGACUGGCGGAAGGCGCUACAAAAGGUGGUUCCGGCGGUGGUGGUGCUUCGAACAACCGCGUGUCGUGCGUUCGAUACCGAAUCAGCUGGUGCCAGCUACGCUACGGGGUUUGUUGUUGAUAAGAGGCGUGGAAUUAUAUUAACCAAUCGUCAUGUGGUUAAACCUGGUCCGGUGGUAGCUGAAGCUAUGUUUGUAAAUCGUGAAGAGGUUCCGGUUCAUCCAAUCUACCGAGAUCCGGUUCAUGAUUUUGGAUUCUUUCGUUAUGAUCCUGCUGCGGUGCAAUUUUUGAGCUAUGAGGAGAUUCCUCUUGCUCCAGAUGCUGCUUGUGUUGGCCUGGAAAUCAGAGUUGUUGGUAAUGAUAGUGGAGAGAAGGUCUCUAUUUUGGCUGGUACCCUUGCUCGUCUGGAUAGAGAUGCUCCACAUUAUAAAAAGGAUGGCUACAACGAUUUCAACACAUUCUACAUGCAGGCGGCUUCAGGUACAAAAGGUGGUUCAAGUGGUUCUCCAGUCAUUGAUUGGCAAGGACGAGCGGUUGCCUUGAAUGCCGGCAGCAAGUCUUCAAGCGCUUCAGCGUUUUUCCUACCAUUAGAACGAGUGGUUAGAGCUUUGAGUUUUCUGCAGAAGGGAAGAGAUUCUUUUCAACAUAAAUGGGAGGCUGUUACAAUUCUCCGUGGUACACUUCAGGCAACAUUUCUCCACAAAGGAUUUGAUGAGACUCGUCGCCUUGGUUUGCAAAGUGAAACAGAACAGUUGGUGCGCCAUGCAUCUCCACUAAGCGAAACUGGAAUGCUCGUGGUUGAUUCUGUAGUGCCAGGUGGGCCCGCUCAUAAACUGUUAGAGCCAGGUGACGUGCUGGUUCGCAUGAACAAAGAGGUAACUACUCAGUUUCUGAAAAUGGAGUCCCUACUCGAUGACAGUGUCGGCCAAAACGUUGAGUUAGAACUCGAACGAGGUGGCAAACCCUUUACUGUUCAACUGCCGGUUCAGGACUUACACUCGAUAACUCCAAACUACUUCUUGGAAGUCAGUGGUGCUGUGAUACACCCUCUAUCCUAUCAACAGGCUAGGAAUUUCCGCUUUCAAUGUGGUCUCGUUUACGUCUCGGAACCUGGUUAUAUGCUUUAUAGAGCUGGAGUUCCAAAGCAUGCCAUAAUAAAGAAGUUUGCAGGUGAAGAGAUUUCGCACCUUGAAGACUUCAUCAGGGUUCUAUCUACGCUUUCUAGAGGAGCUAGGGUUCCAUUGGAAUAUAUAAGCUACACCGAUCGUCAUAGAAGGAAGUCAGUUCUAGUUACUAUGGACCGACAUGAAUGGUAUGCCGCACCCGAGAUUUACGCUCGUGAUGACAAUUCUGGUCUCUGGAUAGGAAAACCAGCUUUGCAAGCUGUCAGUAAACAAUCGGUUAACGGUGUUAUAAGUAUGGAAACAAGUAGUAAAACCGAACGUGAUCAAGAUGAAUCUGAGUGUGGAAUAAAAAAGCGAAGAGUAACGGAAGAUGGACCAAAAGUUGACAACCAUGAAGAUCCAAGAUCUCAAGAAGAUGCAAUUUUGAGGGACCCACACGGUUCGGUUGCUGAGCGUGAGAUAGAGCCGACACUCGUCAUGUUUGAGGUUUUUGUACCGUCAUCGUGUAUGCUUGACGGGGUUCACUCACAACAUUUUUUUGGAACUGGGGUGAUCGUACAUCAUUCCGAAAACAUGGGGUUGGUUGCCGUCGAUAAAAACACCGUUGCGAUCUCAGCAUCCGACAUUAUGCUUUCCUUCGCUGCAUUUCCAGUGGAAAUUCCCGGCGAGGUCGUUUUUCUCCAUCCGGUUCACAACUAUGCUCUUGUUGCAUAUGAUCCUUCUGCACUUGGAGCUGCAGGGGCUUCUGCAGUGCGAGCAGCUCAGCUUCUUCCUGAACCUGCACUACGACGUGGUGAUUCCGUCUAUUUAGUGGGUUUAAGUAGGAGUUUACAGGCAACAUCAAGAAAAUCUGUUGUUACAAACCCAUUUGCUGCGUUAAACAUUAGCUCAGCUGAUUCUCCACGGUACAGAGCAACCAACAUGGAAGUAAUCGAGCUUGACACUGAUUUUGGGAGCAGUUUUUCAGGAGUGCUAACCGAUGAGCAAGGAAGAGUUAAAGCCAUAUGGGGAAGCUUUUCAACUCAGCUGAAAUAUGGGGGUAAUUCAUCUGAAGAUCAUCAGUUUGUGAGGGGUAUCCCUAUAUAUACAAUAACCCAAAUACUCGAAAAGAUUAUAUCCGGUGCAAAAGGACAACCGCUUCUCAUAAACGGCAUUAAACGACCGAUGCCUCUGGUUAGGAUUUUGGAGGUUGAGCUUUAUCCUACUUUGCUUUCAAAAGCUAGAAGUUUCGGACUAAGUGACCACUGGAUCCAAGUUCUAGUGAAACAAGAUCCGGUCAGACGUCAGGUUUUACGGGUCAAAGGUUGUCUAGCAGGGUCUAAAGCUGAAAAUCUAUUAACACAAGGUGAUAUGGUGUUGGCUAUUAACAAGAAGCCCGUUACAUGUUUUCGUGAUGUUGAAGACGCGUGUCAAGCCUUGGAUCUGUGUGAUGACAUGGAAGCCAAACUUGAGCUGACCGUGUUUCGUCAGGGGCUCGAGAUUGAUGUUCUUGUCGGAACUGAUGUGAGAGAUGGAAAUGGAACAACGCGUGUUAUCAAUUGGUGUGGGUGUUUUUUACAGGAUCCGCACCCAGCGGUUCGUGCUCUCGGGUUUUUGCCUGAUGAGGGUCAUGGUGUUUACGUCACAAGGUGGUCUCAUGGGAGUCCGGUGCAUAGAUACGGUCUAUACGCUCUUCAAUGGAUUGUAGAAGUUAACGGGAAACCAACUCCCAAUUUGGAAGCAUUUGUUAAUGUAACAAAGGAAAUAGAAAAUGGGGAAUUCGUUCGAAUAAAAACGGUGCACCUCAAUGGGAAACCACGCGUGUUAACAUUGAAACAGGACUUGCACUACUGGCCUACCUGGGAACUGAGGUUUGAUCCUGACACUGCGAUGUGGCAACGGAAAAUAAUUAAAUCGUUAUGAGUCGGAGAAGUGGUAUACAUACAGAAGUGAUCAAGAUUAUUGGUGUAUAUCAUAAUUUUGUAUUAGAUUUUGAGCUGAUACAAAUUAUUUAUACAAUAACCAAUAUCUGUUCCUGAAAUUUGGUGGCUAGAGUUAGAAUUUUCUAAGAAUUUACUUUCGGUUAUAUCGUUUACAUUGGAUGUUAUAGUUGGUAUAAACCUGUAAUGCAUUGGCUAUAUGUUAAGAUAUUCAUGCUUCAUUUCUAUAGGA